UCGGGCGGCCAGUCGUUGACAGGUGGUGCGCGGGUUAGCUCGACGCGCGCGAGAGAGUACGAAUUUUCCCUGGUCAACGUAGCCGCGCCUGUCACCGCGAGCGGAGACUCGCGUGUGUCGAUUCGAGCGGAUCCUCGGGCCGUCGGUGCGCAGACCUCGUGGCUCGUGCGUGCGAGACAGCAGGGGUGGCGAGAGAAUCAUACCGGAGAGACGGACUGGGAGAGGGUAGGGAUCGUAGAGGGGUGGAUGAUGCGUUGCGAGGCCGACUUAAAGGGAUGAAAGUGGCACGAUCCUGACCGUGACGAUUAAUCGCGAUCGCGCCAGAUCGGGGAACCUUGCAGAACGAACGCGGGAGCGAAUCGUGAAGCUCCGCUCGGUGAAGCUCCGCGGCGCGUGGCCUCCGUCCGGAAACGGGAGCGAGGUCGUCGGGAGCGACCGGGAGAAUCCUCAUCCGCGAGGGAUCCGCGAGUUCACCGAGACAGGGUCGGGGGAGACGAUCAAGCGCGCCGUUGAUCGAGGUCAGGUCAGGCGCGCAGGUCAGAGGUCCGAUCCAGAGUACGGUCCCGCUCCGGAGUACGCGGGCGCUUCCUUCCUCCGGCCGUCUCGGUGGAAUGCCCCUCCUCGCUCGCUCGCCCUGCCAGGACGUCAGCUGGAACUUGCGUGGAACGUCCUGGUUGCGCGAUGUGCCGCCGCUGCAGCUUCUAGUCCGUCGCCGCGCUCCGAUAGACGACGGCGGCCGAAGACGGCAGAGACGCAGCAGCGCCGAUAGCUAGGCGAUCUCCUCGUCGUCUCGCGAUUCGCGACGUGGUGCAGUCUGCUCCUGUCCCCGGCUCUGCUCCCCUUGGAAGGAGAGAAAGCACCUGCCCUCGCCGCAGGAAAGGGAAACGUUCGCCCGAAUACGCCCCAUCGCCAACAGGCGGGAGAGUGCACGCGGAGUAUACACACACAUACAUAUAUACAUCUUUCGCCUUACUCGUGCUACCUCGCCAAUCUCGUCGCGUGUACUCGCGUAGCAUGCGUCAGCGUCAGCCGGAGUGAGCGAACCGGCGUGCGACUGUCAUCGCGAGAGCGGAGUCCCAUUCGCAGUGCGGUUCUCGUGCAAUUUCGCCGGUGUCGAGCUGCGGUGUCCCACGAGCGAUCGUCGAGCCGAGAGUGCACGUCGCGGGACAGAGACGUCAGCGGUGUCGAGAGACGCAUCACGUAAAUUGAUCACGAGUAAGUCCACCGCGCCUCGUCGCCAGAACGGCAGUCGACGUCGACGUCGACGUCCGAGUCGUCAUCAUUGUUCUUUCGUGGUAUCAUCGCGGAUUGUCGCGAUCGCCCCAGCCGGAGAUAGUGAUUUUUCCGAGAGGCUCCAUCGCGGGAUGCUGCCUCUCUUCGCGCUUCUCUGCUGCGACACGCCGUUUCGAGAAAAAGCAGACGAUGGUCAUGAAGCAAAGCGAGCUUUGCUGCGAGUUGCUGCGCUCGGUGUCGUUUUAGCACAUAUCUUAUCAGCGGCAAGCUCGAGGACGUCGUGUUCCAGUCCGGGUGUCGGAUGUGGUGCACGCACUUGGUGGCUGCGGAAACGACAGCGGUAGCAUCAUCCGCGCCGGGGAUAGCGAUCGAGAACUCGAGCGAUCUGGCAGGUGAGAGGGCAUAUUGCAUGAAAAGGGGUGACUGCCGGUGAUGGACAAUGAGCAACCGCACCAGGAACUGGUCAAGUGCGUGGUCGUGGGCGACACGGCAGUCGGAAAGACCAGACUGAUCUGCGCCAGGGCCUGCAACAAGCACGUGUCACUGUCGCAGCUCCUGACCACACACGUGCCCACAGUCUGGGCUAUCGACCAGUAUCGGAUUUACAAAGAUGUGUUGGAACGAUCAUGGGAGGUAGUAGACAACGUAAAUGUGUCGCUACGUCUCUGGGACACAUUCGGCGAUCACGAGAAGGAUCGACGUUUCGCAUACGGCAGGUCCGACGUCGUGUUACUAUGCUUCUCCAUAACCAACCCCGUUUCCUUGCGAAACUGCAAGGUAAUGUGGUAUCCCGAGAUAAGGAGGUUCUGCCCGCAGACACCAGUCCUGUUGGUCGGAUGCAAAAACGAUCUGCGGUACAUGUAUCGGGACGAGACUUAUCUCAGUUACUUCCGCGACCGCAGUCCUUUUGUAAGGGCUACGAGAAAGAGCGACCUGGUGAUGCCGGAUCAGGCGCGGGCGGUGGCGCGAGAGCUUGGCGUGUGCUAUUACGAGACAAGCGUUUUCACUUAUUACGGUGUAAACGAGGUGUUUGAAAAUUCGAUACGCGCCGCCUUGAUCGCACGUCGCCAACAACGCUUCUGGAUGACGAAUUUGAAAAGGGUGCAAAGACCUCUCUUGCAGGCGCCAUUCUGUCCACCGAAACCGGUACCGCCGGAAGUGUGCCUGGCUGCGAGUACCUAUGAGGAGAACAUGAAGAGUCUAUGGACCAGGCCGGUCCACACGGACGUCACUCUGAUCGCCGGCAAUUGCACGUUCUUGGCUCACCGGUGCUUGCUCGCCGCUGCGUCGCCCACGUUCCAUCGGCUGUUCUCAGUGGAACUCGCCCAUGAACUGACGCCACGUAGCUCCAGCGAGUCCAGCAUGGUGAGCACUUUCGGAGAGGCCACCGUCGGUGACUUCAACGACGAUACCGAGUGCCUAAUUCGUAUCGAUCAAAGCAAACCCGCAAAAGUCUGGGAACAACUUAAGCGACGAUCGAGUUUUCAAGUACUGCCGACGAUGGAUAAUCAGAGGAAGACUAACGGCGCGACCAGAGAGCUGAAUCAUCCUGCCUUCCAAAAUAUUCGUAUAUGUCUGACUGAGAACGCGAACGGGGUGCAGCAGCCGAUGACGGUGGUCACGCUGUCGAAGCUGAUCACGCCACAGGCGAUGCAGCAGUGUUUGCAAUUCAUUUACACGGGCAGCUUGGAUAAACGGUAUCACGAUCUGCAAACAGCUCCUAUCGGGCUUCUACUGGAGAUCAGGCAAGCAGCCGAAUUCCUCGAGUUACCACAGUUACUCAUGGUACUUGGUAGCAUACAGACGCGGGAGCAGUUCGUCAAUAGCGAUCUCAAUAACCGGUGGAAGCAGGUAAUCAGGCAGCGGCUGGAGGACAUUUGUCUGGAGCAAGGUCUGUUCGCCGACGUGAUGUUCGAACUGGACGAUGGCAGCGUACCGGCACACAAAGCGAUUCUCACUGCCCGAUGCGACGUGAUGAAAGCCAUGUUCUCCGGCGAUUUUCGCGAAAGCAGCGCAAAAGUCAUAGUCUUUCCUGGGGUACGGGAGUACACAUUCCACAAGUUGCUUUGCUACCUUUACACUGACGAGGUGCCGGCAAUUUCUUCGGCCAGAUGUCUGAAUCUGCUGGAACUGGCCAACAGGCUCUGUCUUCAACGAUUGGUGAAUCUAGUCGAGAGCAGAGUGAUCGAGGAUCUUGAGCGGCUUUCGCAAAACGAAGGGAAAGAGGCCAUCGAAAACUGCCUGAGGCUGUUGGAGCCGUGCAAGCUGCAUAAUGCUGAUCAGCUGGCCGAUUGGUGCAUGAAUCAUCUUUGCGUAAACUAUAAUAAGCUGUGCAAAAUGUCACCUCGCAACGUGCGAUUGCUUCAUCCGGAGAACCAGGAAUAUCUGAACGAGCACCGAUGGCCACCAGUCUGGUACUUGAAGGACUACGAUUACUACCAGAAGUGUCUGGCGGAACAGGAUCGCGAAAACAAGCCGACGCUGAAGCGGAACCGCAACCAGUCCGGCUGUCUGUGUUUCUCAGGCUCGAGCAAGGCCAGACGGGAGGGUAACGCCGGAAACGGCGGUGGCGCGACGUCGACGACGUCGAACGAGGCGCCCGCGGAUCGGCCGCUUUUCGAUGCCUCCACCGAAUCCGGCGAGCAAGCCGUAUGACAGGAACCAAGCGGCCUCAGCCGCUCCGUCAGAUUCAUCCUGGUCCUACCUGUGCUCAUGGUCUUCAUAUGCACUAUUUUUACCAUUUUGAUACUGCUACAGAUUUAUACUUAAGCGGACCGCAGACACACCCCGAUGAGACUACGCGUAAACGCACGUGACACGCGUAAGUAUACACGCAUACACACACGCAGACACACAGAACACGCGACAGAAUACGUAUACGUACGAGGGAAGCACGAGGAUCUACGCGUACGCACGAUGUCGAUGAUCACGCGACGAGAUCCCCCAUACGGGGGAUGCAUCCGGCUUUAGCCCGCAUCGCGGUCGAGUCUCGAGUUCUACUCCCGAUCUUGCGUAUGUACGUGAUUUCCUUUCUUUGGUCUUUUUUCUUCUAAGGGAGCCAAUCUCCGCGCCGUGCACUUUCGAAAGCGCGAAGCCAAAAGGAUUCCAGAUCCUCGCGAGCGUCCGCGAAUUUUUCGUACAUGCGGACUUUUGCGACUCGCAGCUCACAAUCUUUACCUUCCGCAAGCGAGAUAUAGAAUGAGGAUUGUGAAUUUUAGGGGAAGGGAGAGGGGGGGGGGAGAGGAAUUUUGUACUUUCAAUUAUUGCGCUUUGAUAUCUCAAAGUGUGUACAUUCAGAGACAAAAUUGUGUGGAUGCUGAGAAGCAAAUAAAGAUCGAAUCACUUCUCUUCAUUCAAUUCGUAUUUUUCCUUCUAGAAAAUGCGGCGACACUCGAUACGAACGAACAUAUCCAUAAGCAUAAGCAAUCAUUUCACGUAUGUACAAAAACUGUAUCUUCCCGAAACAUCCCGAAGAAGUGGCAAUAUCUCUACGAAGAAUGGGAAAUUAAGGAUAGAUGCAAACGUAUGAUUUUGUUUCUCGUACAUCAGAGGAUAUAGCGAUUAGAGUCACCAAUAAUGCUGUUAUAUUUAAUCAUAGUUUUAAAAUAUAUCUCCACGUGGGAAGUACGAAGUCAUAUCAAGACGUUAAGUAAGGAACACGAGGGAAUCAGGAGACUAAAAGGGGAUGAGAAAAGACGUAGAAUAGAAAUAGUUGCGUAGAAUUCUUUAAAGUUAAUCGACUCAUACUCAUUAUACGACGAACGUGUACACGCAAUAUAUUUACGAGCAUCCAAUAACGCCUGUUCAUUUCUGCGAAGCAGGAUCAUCGAUUAAAUCAGGAAAUUACAAUAGAUUCGAUGCGUCCACUCAUCGUUGUCCCUGAUUGUAUGUGUCUUCACAACAGAAAUGUGUGAUGUGACUAUCACGAGUGCGCCGAUGCAUUUGUAACAUGCGAAUGUCGCCGCCCUUCGCUGAUGCAAAGUCGUUUUAUCGAGGAAGACCAGGCACGCGUAUACGUUAGCGUCGAUCGCGGUAUGAUCGUCCUUUUAAUAUAAUUUCGUGCGUUCUCAGGGUGCGUUCCGAGUCGCGCAUAUGCGCGCAUUUAUCUAUAAUGAAUGUUACGUAUAAUAUAUAUAAUGCGCGCUUCAUGCGCGACUCGGAACGCACCCUCACAAAGACGAGCGACCAUUAUCGCGGCAAUUAUUGCGACAAUCAUCCGCGAUCAACCGCUUGACAAUUGCGGUAAUUGUGCGCCUGCGAUUUCUAAUCUUUUUGCAAAACUGAAGCGUUGAGCAACGAGACGUGAAUGUUGCCAGGUUUGACGCGAGAGCGCUGUACGCAAAAAAAAGUAGGAAAAAAAGAGAGAGGAGUACAUACACAGCGCGUCGUCCAACAUUGUCGUCCUGUCAUCGAUGCGUGUUAGACUGAAGAAACGAGCAAUAGCUUUAGUUUGCUUUAGCGCAGCUGAUAAGCGAAAUAUGAUAAGUGAAACGCAGCGAAUCUCAGCCUGCCAAAGUUCAUCACCCUUUUUCGAUUCAGUCAAUCUGUUACUAUCGAUGCAGUUAAGCAAAUGGAUUGGCAUUACACGACGAUCAUUGGCAACUGGCCAAACUGCUGUCCUGUGCGUCGUUUAAAAUGGAAACCACUAAAGAUUUUGGUGAUAGACUUUGGGAAAUCUGACCGAUUUCACGCUGUUUUGCAACACAACAGUGUUGGGCAUUUACGGAUACGGUAUCUAGGUAAACGACAGUUAUUGACCACUUGAAAUACGUACAUGUCGAACUUGUCAAAUGGUCGACUCGUGGUACUCGUUAGUAGUUAUUACGUUUGAUCACACACGAUGAACGCGUAAUUGUAAUUUUGUAACGAAUUUCGUACAAACAAUGCAAAAUGCAAGAGUUGCAUUUUGAUUGAUAAACCGAUGUAAUUGGACUUUAUAUUAAGAGCGAGCAGAGGUAUAAAGCAAUACUUGUGUCUAUAUAUCAUGCGACAUGACUCAUCAUGCUUCCUUCGCAGGAAGAAGCAAUAUGCCUCUCAGCGGAGAUCAACGGAAGUCCAGAAAGUAUAAACGAAAGCUCAGGCGAAAUAGAAAUUCAACAAUCGAAUAGUGGUCAGUAAUUGUGAGUGCUUAUUCUAUAUGUAGAAUACUAAAACUGUCACCUUAUAAGUAGCGCAAAUUAAUGUAAAUUGUAUAAGUUGAUUCUCAUAUCUACGUGUAGCCUGAAAGCUGUUGUGAAGCUAUCUGGAGGACGUCUAUCUGGAGGUAGAUUAAGGUACAACGUCUUAAUCUAUCACGGAUGUUUCUGCAAAUAUCCCUGAAACAUCUUUCAGACAUUUGUGUUAUUUAAGCAAUAGCUUAAGUACACAUAAAGUGAUAGUUUAGAUAUUCUACGUCGCGAUUAUUAUUUACUCGAGUACGCCCAAGACUGGUACAUAGUCGUUUAAGAGACACGACGCGAGUACGUCAUAUCGCGUAAGUUUGUGCGUAUUUGUACCCUUUAUGAGGAAUAUGCGGCGACGAGUUUUGCCUCUCCUUCGUCCCAUUCAUGAUUCAUUCAAAAUCUGCAAUAACUUCAUUGUUUUUUUUUAUAAUACAAAAAUUUUUCUCGCCCGUAGCAUCAAGGCGAGGCGACUUGCAUCCAUGAGAUUGCAUUUAAUCGUUUGUUUCCGCGAAUGGAGGGGUACCUGAUCAGCACUAAAUCACGUUAGCCGCGUCAACAUAUCGGUUAUGAUAAUGAAUUGCCGCUGCGACGAGAUUAUACGUCAUUGUCACUGCGGCAAUAAUGAGAUCUAUCAUAGACAGCGAGAGAGAAACGAUUAUGUUUGUAAUGGACGUAAUGUACCUAGUAUUAGGAUCUAGAUAAGAGGCAAAGCUUCCUAUUUUUUCGCCUAGGAGAAACAUCUCGAGGAGAACUCAUUUCGCGUUUCGGCCGGGACACAAACUUUACGUGGAAUUCAUCCGACUUAGCAGCUCUGAUUGUUACAGUAGGGUCAUAAAACGGAAUCUCUGAUGAAAACGAUGCAUGUACCAUGUCCAAACAGGAUUGAUUCCGAUUUAAUUUUGCUGUGCAAAGCACGAUUGGUGAAACUGUGAAGAGAGAAAAGCAGGAAUCUCUAUCUCUUUCCAAAAUACCUUUCAUUUUAAUAUCUUGUGGGUAUAUCAGAUACUUUUUGUACAUAUACACACAUAACACACACACAUGUACACAAAAAAAUGCGCUACAUAGCCCGGUUAUAACGCGCAGGUGAUUGGAUUAGCAUAAUAUUGAUACUAAUAACAAUAUUAACGAUAGUCGUAACAUGUAAUCGUUAAGCUAAUCGGUGUUAAGAUAUUAACAAUUUGAUACUCGUUAGCUCCGAUCAUUCGCAUAAUCAUCCUUGAUAUUUUUCACUUAAUUCGGCCGUACCCGCAACCAUGGAAAAAAUAAAAAGAAAAAUGAAAAAAUGAAAGAGAAGCAUAUAAAUUAAAUUUAUAUUGUUACGAAACAGAGAGAAAGAGAAGGAAAGUUGAGGUGAAACGAGAUGCACAAGGAUUGAAUGGAUAUGGAACGAAGAAAAAACGACGAAAGACGCUCGAUAUUGUAUCAUACAAUUAAUCGCCACGAGGUGAUCUCGAAAAUCAAGAACGAAAGAUUUGGACUCUUCUCUUCAAACUGAGUCACUUUAUUGAGAAAUUUCUUUCUCACAAUUCAUUUAAUUCACUCGUUUUUUUAAGCUAAAGCCGCUAAUGUACGUUUUGUCAUUAUAUAAUACCACACACAGAGACAUACAGACACACAGACACACACACACAAAUACACAUUUUACAAGUCGCGCUACUGCCCGAUUUAUAAUGGAAUUAUUUUUAAGUGAGAAGAAGAAUAGGAUUUGAUGUAGAAUCGGACAUGAUGUUGUUGCGGUAUAUGUUCCGGCGAGGAGAAUAACGUCCCACUUGUACGCUACGUCAAUUUCGAUGUCAAUGUUGUCCUUCGUCACUCAUGUAUAUACAUAUAUGAUAAUAUAUUUAGCCGUAAGUGUAUAUUUUAUACUGAAAUUGGUAACGGUAAGAUUAAGUGCCGUCAUAUUAAUAGUGACGACUGGAAAACCAAAGGACUCGUGCGCGGUUUCCUUACAUUUGUGUUUUCGUCAGAAUACGAAAGAAUAAAAGAAAGAAAGGAAUGUUUUUUCCUCCGCAGGAUGAUUAUUUCCUCGGCGUCAUCAAAGCGGCAUAAGGCCAGAAACUCAAAUAAUCGCAGUUGUUCUUUUAAACAUAAUAUGUUUAAUAUUAUUUAGUGGUCUAUUUUAAUUAUUAUUUUUUAUUGAUUUACAUUUCCCUCUCAUGUUGCUUCAACGACACCAUAGGGAUAAAAGUGUGAUAAAUCAACAUAAUAAUUGAACAUUGUGAUUACAUGAUGAAGAAACAAGUAACAUAAAUUGAAAAAUGUUAUGUAGUCUAUUUAUGAAUAAUAUGGCCCGACUAAGUGUUUAACCAGGAAAUGGUUCAAAUUUUUAAAUCUCAUUCAAAAACGAAUCUCAAAUCGCACUUGCAUCUUUCAAAAUGUGACUUAGGCCACUUUAAAAUAAACGAUUCGGUGAAAGUUAUAUCAUUGAUCUUCUUAAGAGUAUUCUGAAUUAUGUUUACAAAUGCACAAAUGCGCUUAUACAUGCACUCUUUCUUCUACGAUACAAAAAAUAGGCCGAGAAGCCUUCGUGUACGUGACAUAUCUGUACUUUUAUUUUGAUUUUUGAUCUGUAAUUCAUCUCGAAUCUCUUUUUCCGCAACUCGAUUUUUCUAUUAUUUUAAAUUGUAAUUAGUCCGUGAUUUACAGAUCUGCGUGUUUUGCAAUCGCCCAAUCAAUCAUGCUAUGCAUCUCUCAUCAAUCGGCAUACGUUUCAAUGCAAAUCUACGAGGAAACACGCGUUUUUAUAGCUAUCGAUGUAAGGAGGACAAGUAUAACAUUAUCUAUUAAAUAAACGGCGUAUCCCGUAACCAUGAGCGAGAAUUCAAUUCAGCGAUAUCUUAAGCAACGCGGAACGCGAGACAAGGACGCGGAGAACAUAGUCCGAUAAGGAUCGGCCGACAAUCCACAAUUAAUUUCGCGCUUCUCUAAUCGAACCGACUGCGACAAUUCCUGUGUUUCGGUUCAGUUUGUCAGCGCGCGAAUGCGAAUCGUCGUUCUACGCUCAUCUACCUUGAGGGGUGAUAAUAGUCUUCACGAUAUAACAGAUAUAUAUAUAAUACGUAUAUAUACACAAUACCACGCACUAUUUUUGCGUACGGGCGUGAUAACUAUCUAGCAGGUAUGACUGUGUUAUUUGUACGAGUAAUCUCUUUCAAGGCACGGGAUGUCCUUCCACAUCGUUCAUGAAUAAAUAGAUUUCUUUACAAUA